AUCGGCUGGAUAGAGCCGCGAGCCCAUGAUAUUUUUUAGCUGCAGCAGCGAUUCGCAUGCUUCACUCCGAUCCACAGCAUCGAGCUCGUUUUAAUUUACCGAUAUAAUGAAAUAGUGGCGCAGAAUAAAAUAAGGCGACUCGACUCGACACACACUCGGCGAUUACUGCAUGGUGCGCGUGUGGCCCUUACUCUAGAAACUCGAGGCAAAAACUCGAGUCUUUCUUGGCCGUUUCAAAGAUGAUGUGCUGCGUUCCUUGUGCCUAUCGACAGUGAAAACCUAAUGUAAAAGUGCAACAGCGAGUGCAAAAAUCCUUGUGUACCAGCGAUUGAGCGUGCGCGCGCGUAUCUCUCUGCUGUGUGCUUCGUGUGCUCUCUCUCUCUCUGUCUGUGUGUGUGUUUGCGUGCAUUUUGCGCGCUCGACUACUAUCUAUUUGCAAGUGUGUGUGUGUGUGUGUGCUGUGUCAGGUUUAUAACGAGGCAAUCGCUAUAGCUUCUCCUGUCUUCGCGAUGCAAUUUCUAAUGUUACUUCUUGUAAAGUAACGCAUCGAUGGCACAUUAUGCUUGUGUGCCACGGCAUUGUCAACGACAACAACAACAACAACAACAUCAACAACUACGAAAGGAGGAGCAAGCAGGAGUCGUCGCUCGUGCCGCAGCUGCAGAUUCGCUCGUUCUGACAGCAUGAGCAGCGCCAGCAGAAGCAGCAGCAGCAGCAGCAGCAGCAGCAGUAGCAACAACAACAACGGCAUCGAGAGCAACAGGAGCCUCGUCGACGUCCUUGCCAUUAUUAGCGAUACGAGUGCAACAACAUGCCGCCUCACUGGACGACCAGCAAGAAGAAACAGUACCAUCAUCACAAGAAGGAGCAACAGCGGCAGCAGCUCGAGCGAAUGAUGAUCGCUGAAGCUCUGGCUCUCGUACACUGCACUUGUCCGACUAGUGGAUCAACGCCGCUGCAUUUUUUCAACGACCGUCGACGACCAUUAUUCUCUCUAUAGUGUGGCUGUUCUGCCUAUCUGCGUCUGUGCUCGCGCCUUCGUACUUUCGGUGCAUAUAUCUGCCUGCUAACUGCACAUUCGCGUUAUAUUUCUUAUUGCUGUAUACAUACGUGUGACUCGCGUGCGUUCAGCUAGCUGUAUCGUACGAGUCGAGUGUAUACCUUCACAAGUGCAACUAGCCCAAAUCCAAGUGUGUGUGUGUGUGAGAGUGUCGGUUUAUCAGUGCCGCGACAAAACGUCAAAACCUAAGCAUUUUUUACCACCACCGCCAACGAGUAUUUUUAUUACGAUUAAAAGUACUUAAUAACAAUAACAAGCAGUGAAAGUUUGUGUACGCGUGUGUGUGUCUCAAGUAUUGUACAUUGAGUUUGUGUCACUACCUUUUUUUAUUUUUAUUUACAUUUCGGUGAUUCUCUUCCUACGCCAGUGCUAAUAAGUGCUGACACGCGGGGCUAAAAUCUCCGACGUCAGCGUGUGAAAACUCGUGACUCGAUACUCGCUAGUGUCUACUCCAUUUUUAUACCUCUCGAGUGUUGUUAUAGUUGUUGUUUAUUGUUAUUGUUGUUUUUCGUUACUGUUUCUGUGAAAAGUGGGAAAGAAAACGCAACAAACUUGUCGUCUCGUACAAGGAUCAACAGCACGAAAUUGGAACAAAAACUGAAAAUUGAAGGAAAUAUAAGAGAGAGAAAAGAGUGAGACGUUUUAUCGCAGUGCAGGUUGAAAAGUGUGUAGUACGUGUGUCGCGAGUGUGUGUCAAGACCCCGGAGCAAAGCUCGACUCCUCCUCGUACCCUCUCUGCGUCUCCCGUCUACUCAACCUCUCUCUCUCUCUCUCUCUUUCUCGCGAGAAGAGUGUCGUCGUCUACUAUAUCUCUUGCUGUGUGCUAUCAGCCGAGGCGCGUGUAAUCGUCGUCGUCGGCGGCGGCGAUUUACCUUUCGCACCCGUACAGCAUCAAACGUCAAAUAGCAUAUGCGUGUGAACAACGUCAAGACUGUGGACUCGAAGAUAAUCGAGAAAAUUGAUGAGCCAGUGGAUUUCUACCUGCUGGACAAGCGGAGCCAAAGUUCACGGAGGAAGGAGCUGUCAAAGUGAGCCGAGCGUCGCCGUCAAAAACGCCGACGACGACCAAGGCGACAGUUAUAACCAGGUGCUGCCGGCGUCGGUGGUGCUGUCGCAGAGGCAACAGCAGCAGCUCCAGCAGCUGCUACCACUACUGAGGCCAUGGAGGAGCACCAACAGCAGCAGCAGCAGCAGCAGCAGCUACAGCAGCCGCAAAAACGGCAUUAUCAUCGUCAGGAGCAGCCGAGAGGAUCGCCAGCGGAGGCAGGCCUCGAGCAAGAGGAGCCGACGAGGACGUGUUGCACGAGAUGCCGAGCCAAAUCCCACUGCUCGUGUCGGAUUCUAGGACUCAGCGAGCAAGAGCACGAGGCAGCGGCUACCUCGAGCUUUCACCCUCGUGGCUGCUCCGAUGCCAGCUACAGCCCAAUUAGUAGUAAUAGUAAUAAACACAGUAAUAACAGAACGAGACUGAGGAUAUUGGAUGAGGAUCGAUGCGAGCCGACGACAAACGCCAACAGCACGAGCCCCGAGAGGAGAUUUUGCAAAAGGCAAGUGACGAGGCGAAGGCCGCCCGCCUUAGCCCUCACUAGCACCAGUACGAGUUCCGCUAAUAGUACGUGCCGCACCAGCAGCCGAAAAACUUGUAGUUAUAAAUAUAGUUAUAAUAGUCACAGUGCUGGAGGUGCAGCCUUUGGCAGUCUCAGCUACUUGGCCACCUUCUUACUCAUAUCCUAUGGACUGUUUGGCGCUGCGGAUGCCUGUUCGUCGAGAUCGACGCCGAAGCCGAGACCACCGCCGCCUACGCCGAGGCCCAACAUCACAUUCCAUAUGUACACAUGUCCGCCCGAUUACGCCGAGUGGUACUGUCUCAAUGGAGCUACCUGUUUUACCGUUAAAAUCGUCGAUUCGCUGCUUUACAAUUGCUUAUGUUCCAACGGCUACAUUGGUCAAAGAUGUGAAUUCAAAGAUCUCGAUGGCUCCUAUCUGCCGUCAAGGCAACGAGUAAUGCUUGAGACGGCAAGUAUAGCGGGCGCAGUGACGAUAGCAGUAUUCUUAGCCGUCAUUACCUUUAUAUCUGUUUACAUCCAUUGUAAGCGAAAGCAGAAAGAAUUGCAAUCGAGUACUGGUGGGGUCGAUUCAGUGGAUGGUAUAAGCAGAGAUCCAGAGUUGAGGCCGUUUUGCAGUCGCAGUCGCUCCCUCAUGAUAUUCAUGGCCAAGAAUCCUAAUAGCUCGAUAUGCCCGACAAUCGAGCAAACAAGAAUGAUGAAUAAUUGGAAUUACCCGAUGGAAACAAGACUGGUCACGGUAAAUGAGACGGGCAAACCGUCACCUGUACUACCGACACCAUCACAGCAAAUGCAACAUCAACAACAGCAGAUGCAAAAUCGACCGAUAAGCCAGUAGUAGUAAUUAUAGUAAUUACAUAGUAAUAUAGUAUUACUUCUCUAGAGCAACUUUACCACUUCUUGUACUGUUUCUCAACGUUGUCGUCUUCAUUUGAUAUGUUUUUGUCUUCAUAAUACAGUAAUACAAAUUACUACGAACAUCAAGAGUUAAGAAUAAUUAUUACAUCACAAUAUUUGAGUAUAGUUACUCGAUUUGUGAACUGUAAUAAAAAAAACAACGUGUGUGCGUCGCGGUAGCCAACGCUGAAAUACAUAACGAUUGGAAUUGAUGCGCAAAAAUAACAAAAAACGAGUCGAUCGUAUCAAAUCUCAAAUGAUUGCGCUAUGAAACAGGAAUUUAUAUUGUCAGAGUUUCUACCUGUCGAAGCAGUGAACUCUCAUGAAAAAUAAUUGAAGUAAAUGAAAUAACAAAGGUUUAUUCAAACAUCACAAUCCAAACGCAACAUCACAUCAAACUAUUUGUUGUACUUGAGCUGUAAUAGUAUAUAUGUUAUAUAUGUAUAAAUAUUAAACAUUGAAUAUAUAUAAAUAUAUACUGAUGAUUAAGCUGUCGCAGCAUGCGGUAGAAUUUUAUAUUUUUAUCGGAAAGACCGGGGGCCUAGUCUUUCACGCAUACAAGCAGAUUGAAACAAGUAAAGUAGAAGAUAAUUUUUCUAGACGAUAAUUCAUUACUGUAUGUGUGUAUUUACAUACAAGUACGCAUAAAACAUAUGGAAAUUCGUGUAAUUAUCGUGUAAUGAAAUAUUACUAUUACUAGUUUUAUUAUGAUUAUUACUCUACUCGAUUGUGCGAACAAAACAUGAUAUUAUGCAUAAUUAUGUUAAACUUUAUGUAUAGCCCCAAGUGAGUAGGUGAUUUUUGAAACAUUAUAUGGGUCAAAAUGAACUAUUUGAUCUGUCCGAGUCGAAUAUUAUUGGCACCGUUUUGUGCACUAAUACAUAACUAUAAUUACAAAUAUUAUAACUUGAAAUAUUUAUCUUUGACUUGAAACAAUCAAGUAAUACUUGUGCAUGGGUGCGUUUGAGACCUUAAGCAUAAUUAUCAAUAAUAAUGAAAAUGGAAUCGUAAAAAUAUGAUGCUGCAGUCGGCGAGAGGGGCAGGCCUCUUAGAUAUCUUUUUCCAAAAUAAAUGAAAACUUUGUACAUAGUAAGUUAAUAAUCUUUAGAUAUAAAUGUAAAAACUAUUGAGCGAUCAAACUUUAAGAUUUAGCCUAUUAUAAAUGUGUAUAUUUAUAUACGGGUAUGUAUAUAUGAAUUGAUAAACAUACACAUAUUUAGAUAUACAAUAA